CAACAUCUUAACCUUGAUACUAUCGACAUCACGGUCAUAUCUACUGCCGAAAUGAGUCUAAACUUUGGAAUGCGUUGUAGCACAGUGGUGCCUAAUAAGCCGCCCCUUACAGAACAGAAUCUCCCCGAUCAGAAGGGCAAGGUCUUCCUCGUCACCGGCGCAUCAGGCGGGCUAGGCAAGCUCCUCGUUGAUAUACUGUAUCGACACAACGGCAAGGUUUACCUCGCUGCACGCUCUCAAUCCAAAACCGAGGAAGUGAUCCAAGAGAUCAAAUCAGCGCAUCCCUCCUCAACCGGCAAACUUCACUUCCUUCACCUCGAGCUCGAUGACCUGUCAACAAUCAAACCGGCUGCCACUCGCUUUUUAGAAAAGGAAAGUCGCCUAGAUGUCCUGUGGAACAACGCAGGCGUUAUGAUCCCACCCGAAGGCUCCAAGACGAAGCAGGGUUACGAACUCCAAUAUGGUGUAAAUAAUAUUGCACAUUUCUUAUUUACACUUCUGCUUCGCCCUGCACUUGAAGCUGCUGCUGCAUCAGCGCCCAAGAACUCUGUCCGCGUUGUCUGGGUUGCUUCUAGCGCUGCUGACGCUGCACCGAAUCCGGCGGUAGAUCUGACGAAUAUGGAUUAUCACCGCGAGGAGGGCGCUUGGAUGAAGUACUCACGUAGUAAAGCCGCCAGUGUGAUCCACUCGGCUGAGUUUGCGCGAAGAACCAAGGGUACUGGCAUCAUCAGUCUUGCCCUCAACCCCGGCAAUUUUGUUACCAACCUUCAGCAGAAUAUGUCCAAGAUGGAACUCGCCAUGUUUAAACUCAUUUCAUCGGAUCCUAUCAAUGGCGCCUACACUGAGCUCUUUGCGGGUCUGAGUGAUACCAUCACUGAAGAAAACAACGGCGGAUGGGUAUCUCCCUUUGGUAAGGUUGAGAAGAUUCGAAAGGACUUUGUAGAACCAGAGCUCGGUAGCAAGUUUUGGGAUUGGACCGUGGAGCAGGUGAAGCCGUACAUGUAGAGUUGCAUCAACUCCUCCAAAGUCGAUACAUUAAUUGCUGAAUAAAGUUUCGUGCCG